GAGUGAGCAGACGCCCUCCUAACAGCCUUCAUACACAACUGCAUCAGGAUUUUAAACAUUUGUUCAAGAUGAGCAGAAGAGCGCCAGAGGAAACUGAGGAAAUCAGCGAAGAGACCGACUAUAUUAAUGCACCAGCGUGCAGUGUGGAUAAAGUGGCAGCACCUCCAGACCAGAGGUGUCUCUUCUUCACUCAGUCUUUUCCACCGAUAGCAGUGUGUUGGCUCAUACUGUUGGUCAUCAUGGGCCUUCGUAUCUACUUUACUGCUGUCAUUUCUGAAAACAACACACAGCUGACUGCUGAAAACCAGGAGCUGAAGACACUGAUGACACAAAACUAUACUGUCUUAGAAAACAAGAUCACAAACCUGAUGGAAGAACUCCUGAACCUGACAACACAAAACAAGGAACUGAAGUCACAGAAGAACAUCUUAACAGAACAAAUACAGGAGAUGAAGGCAAAUGACGUCAGCCGAGCUCAGUGGAGCAUUGAUGCCUACUGCCCCAAAAAGAGUGAUGAGAGACGGUGUAAAGCUUGUCAGGUUGGCUGGGAACACAAAGAGUCGAGCUGCUAUGUGAUUCAUAACGGUGAAAGACCUGAAUGGAUGACCUGGGAAGAAGCUCUAGAAAACUGCAGAGGAAAGGGUUCAGAUUUGGCUGUUAUACAUGAUGACAAGGAAAAGAAAGUCAUCAGUGAUUACAGCUGGGACAGUUCUGGAACUGAUGGAUACUGGAUUGGCCUGAGAGUCAAAGAUGGGCAGUGGAAGUGGAUCGAUGGAAGUGAUCUCACUGUAACUGACUGGUCAUCACAAACACAACCACGUCCUACUAAAGGUCGCUGUGCGAUUUCUGUCAAGGUCGAUGGAUGGCUGUCAAUGUCCUCAGACUGUCCGUCCUUUCUCCAUCACCUGACCACCCCACCCAUCUACACACCUGUUCCCACUUCCCUCACCUGCUCUGAAAUGUCAGUGUGA